AUGUAUAUCCUCUCUUCUGCUACGUUUUCGUCCACCACAUUCUUCACGCCUAGGGUUUCUUCUUCUUCAUUGCUCUCUUCGUCGUCGUCAUUGUCGUCGUCGACUUCGAAUUCUAAGCUGCGGCUGGUGCCUCUGAGAUCGAGUCCGCGGCGGAGCUCCUCGGCCUGUCCUUGCUCGUUUUACUCGUCCUCGAAGGUCAGAGCUAUGGCGGAGAUGGUCAAGGACAAGGAGGAGGAGUCGUCUUUGUCGGCGGUUGAGAGCGCGCAGCGCCGGGAGACUAAGCAUUCACGCACGUUUCUUAAUGUCACCAGUGAAGAAGAGCUGCUGUCUGCAAUCAGGAUGGAAACAGAAGCUGGAAGGCUUCCCUCAAAUGUUGCUUCAGGAAUGGAGGAAUUAUAUCAUAAUUACAAAAAUGCUAUUCUCCAAAGUGGAAAUCCCAAGGCAGAUGAAAUUGUUCUGUCAAAUAUGACUGCUGCGUUAGAUCGCAUAUUCUUGGAUAUAGAGGACCCAUUUGUCUUCUCACCAUAUCACAAAGCACUGCGAGAGCCUUUUGACUACUACAUGUUUGGACAAAAUUAUAUUCGUCCUUUAGUUGAUUUCAGAAACUCAUAUGUUGGUAAUAUAUCUGUUUUCUAUGACAUGGAACAGAAGCUUCGACAGGGUCACAACAUUAUUUUGAUAUCAAAUCACCAAACUGAAGCAGAUCCAGCUGUCAUUGCCUUGUUGCUUGAAACAACAAACCCACAUCUUGCUGAGAAAAUGACCUACAUAGCAGGAGAUAGAGUUGUGACAGAUCCUCUUUGCAAGCCCUUCAGCAUCGGAAGGAAUCUUAUAUGUGUUUACUCAAAAAAGCACAUGAAUGAUGUUCCUGAGCUUGCUGAAAUGAAAAGAAAAGCAAACACACGGAGUUUGAAGGAAAUGGCUUUGCUAUUAAGGGGUGGGUCACAAAUUAUAUGGAUUGCACCAAGUGGUGGAAGGGAUCGGCCAGAUCCUGUAACUGAAGAAUGGUUCCCAGCACCUUUUGAUGCUUCUGCACUGGACAAUCUAAGAAGGCUUGCUGAACAUUCUGCUGCUCCAGGGCAUAUAUAUCCCUUGGCAUUAUUGUGUCACAACAUCAUGCCUCCUCCACGCCAAGUAGAAAAAGAAAUUGGGGAGAAGAGAAUGAUCGCCUUCCAUGGUACUGGAUUGUCGGUGGCACGUGAAAUCUCUUUCUCUGAUAUCACUGCUUCCUGUGAAAGUCCAGAAGAGGCUAAGGAGGCAUACACACAAGCUCUGUAUAAUGCUGUUACUGAACAGUACAAUGUGCUGAAAUCUGCUAUACACGGCAAACAAGGACUAAAGGCAUCUACCCCGAAUGUUUCUUUGUCACAAACAUGGAAUUAGUUCAUCUUUCAGCACUAUUCCUUAUUGCUCAGCUUUUAUAGUCAGACUACAUUCUUACCGUGCAACUCCUGACCAAAGUUCCACUGGUCCUUAAACAGCACAAGUAUGCACUACGCCAAGAUCUAAUUUUGUAAGUUCACCGUCUAUUAGAUGGAUUCUUUUUGUGGAUAUAUUUAGGCAAGAGCUGAAUUCUUAAGAAAUCGGAGCUGUCUCAAAAUGGUUCAGUUUUCAGGUGUAUACUGUACAGAUGGAGUCAGUUGUUGACAACAAUUGUAAAUUGAACUCUAGUUACUUUGUAGUAGACUUGGUUUAAAGCCAAUUUCGCAACAGUUCUUUCUCUAGCACCUCUUAUAUCUUAAUGAUCGUAUUAGUGCCAUAGAAGCAUCAUAUUAGCUUCAAAGUUUGG